AUGUAUGAUGAAUAUCCACCCUUGGCGGCCCUGCCGCAACUCACCCUGCACCCAUCCAUAGACCCAGCACGCCUCGAUGCAGCCAAGAUCGUCAAUGACUGGCUUACCUCUUUCACAGAGAGUUUAUCUCAGGGCCAGUCAGACAGUAUUCUAGGCCACUUCCUUGAAAAGGAGUCGUGGUGGCGAGACUUUGUUUCUUUCUCGUGGGAUAUCGCAUGCCACAAUGGAGCUGAGGCUAUAUGCAACUACCUCACCAGUUCAACUGUUGGAUUUGCAGAGCCAAAAGCAGAUCAACCAGGUGCAUUACAACCACAGCUCGCUGAUAUGGGCGGACUGCGGUUCAUCCAAUCCGGGUUUGGCUUCAAGACCAAGUUCGGUACUGGGAGAGGUGUUCUGAGGCUGGCCAACGUGGGACCAGAUCAGUGGAAGGCUUGGACGGUGUUCACCGUACUUGAGCAACUGAAUGGACAGGACGAGCUGUUUUCACGCAGGGCAAAGGAAGCAGAGAUGCAGGCUGGUGCUCCUAGUCAAACACCGCCAGCAAGCGACCAGACUGACAGUAACCUGCAAGUCUUGGUGGUUGGAGCAGCUGGCCUUGCAAUUGCUGCGCAUCUGAAGCAUCUAGGUAUCACGUAUCUCGUCGUGGACAAGGCAUCUGAAGCUGGAGACUCGUGGCGAGAUAGAUACGACACGAUCAAAUCACACACUACUACAUUCUCAGACCACUAUCCAUUCCUGAAAUACCCGACCAACUGGCCCCGCUACCUCGACAAGGAACGCAUUGUUAAAUGGAUGGGCCACUAUGAGGAUAUCCUGGGCCUCAACAUCAAGCGUGCCACACUCGCGAGCAAGAUCCAGUACAAUGAGUCGACGCAACGAUACUCGAUCGAGCUCCAGGGCAAAGACAGCGUCCAGACCGUCAAUCCUAAGCAUCUCAUCCUGGCCACCGGCCCAUUUAGUGCUACCCCGAUUCAACCUACAUUCCCUGACAAGGAUCUAUUCAAGGGCCAGGUCUAUCACACAGCCGAACACAAAUCAGCAGCCCUAGUGCCAGAGGUGCAGAACAAAAGAGUCACAAUAAUCGGAGCCGGAACCAGUGCGCAUGAUGUCGCCCAGGAUUUCGUCAACCACGGGGCGAAGACUGUAACGAUGGUUCAGCGUCAUCCUAUAUUUGUUACAUCUCUUGAUGCGAAUGCAAAGAUCCAGAUGGCGCUUUGGAAUACUCCGGGACUCAGCACCGAGGACGCAGACCUUCUAGGCAACUCGCUGCCGAUUGCUGUUGUUCGCACUCUCAGUGUUGGAGCAACACAGAUGAUGGCGGCAUACGAUAAAGUUAUGCUGGAUGGUUUGGAAAGGGCCGGACUAGCAGUGAAGAGGGGAGAGCAAGGGGACAGUCUGGUGGACCAUCAGCUCAUCAAGACAGGUCAUUUCUACAUUGACCAAGGAGCAUCCCAAAUGAUAAUCGACGGCAGAAUCCAGAUACGGAGGUGUGAAGAAGGUGUGCAGGGGUACUCUCCAGAGGGAAUAGUCCUGGUCGAUGGCACCGAAAUCAAGUCUGACAUUAUUAUUUUGGCAACGGGGUUCGAACGCUGUGUCAAAGCGAUCGGGGCGCUGAUGGGCGGGGAUGUUAUGGACAAGGUAGGGGAAAUAUGCGCCAUGGAUGACAGCCAAGAACGAAUUGGGGUCUGGAGGCCGACUGGGAUGCCAGGAUUCUGGUAUACGGCGGGCAGCUUUUUGUGGUCGAGACAAUUCUCUCCCAUUCUCGCUUUACAGAUUGAUGCUAUAGAGCGCGGGCUGAACAGACAGUAG